GGCAUUCAUCGUAAUCGAAGAGUUUGUCCUCCACUCAAUGGUUAAUUUUACGGUGAAAAGCAGUCGCUGAUACGAGUUACAGAUGGCAGGACUUGGGAAACUCAGAGUGGCAGUGGUGGGUGCUGGAGCAGCAGGGCUUUGUGCUGCACGGCAUCUACUGUCUCGUGGGGAAAGCUUUGCUCCACCGGUGGUGUAUGAGCUCACAAACAAUGUGGGUGGCACCUGGGUGUAUGAGGAUCAGGUGGGAACCUAUGACAAUGGGCUGCCCAUCCAUAGCAGCAUGUACAGAGACCUCAGAACUAAUAUUCCCAAAGAAGUGAUGUCUUUUCCGGAUUUCCCCUUUGAGAAACAUUUGCCCUCAUUCAUUCACCAUACAGAGGUGCGGAACUAUCUUGAGAAAUACUGCGACCACUUCAUGCUAAGAGACCACAUCCAGUUUAACACUAUAGUGGACUCUGUGAAGCCAGUGCAGGUGAAGCAGGGUUGGCACGGGCUGGCCUGGGAUAUUACCACAAGUAAUGGGGUCAGCCAGACCAAGAGUACUCCUGAGUGCUUUGAUGCUGUCAUGGUGUGCAAUGGACAUUUUUAUGACCCUUACAUCCCAGCCAUCCCUGGUCUAAAGACCUUUACAGGGACAUUGAUGCACAGCCAUGACUACCGCAAUGCUGAGCCUUUCGCUGGGAAGUCUGUGGUACUGCUGGGAGCUGGGUUGUCUGGGCUCGAUAUUGCCAUGGAGCUGUCCAAUGUCGAUGCAAAGGUCAUCCUCAGCCACGGACAGCGCCCUCUCACCUGCACACUUCCUAAAGGGGUCCAGCAGGCACCUCCUGUUAAGAGGGUCCUUGAAGAUGGGAUUCUGCAGUUUCAGGAUGGGGGGCAGGCUAAGCCAGAGAUCUUCCUGUUCUGCACUGGCUACAACUUCACCUUCCCUUUCCUCGACUCUAAGCUGGGACUGCGGGUUCAAGAACACCUGGUCACCCCACUCUAUAAGUUCCUGCUGCCACCGGCAUUCCCUUCCCUCUUCAUCGUGGGCAUCUGCAGAGCUAUCUGCCCCUUUCCAAAUUUCCACUGCCAGGUCCAGUUUGUGCUCUCUGUCUUGGAUGGAUCCUUUGCCCUGCCAUCGUGUGAGGAGAUGGAGCAGGACGUGGCGAUGGAUAUAGCCAUGAGGCUGGGGCGAGGCAUUGCCACCCGACAUGUCUUGAAGUUGGACUCAGAACAGUGGGCCUACAACAAUGAUCUAGCUCACCUGGGGGGGUUCAAGCCACUCCCUCCAUACUGGAGUAACCUUUAUGAAUCCAAUAAGAUAUUCCGAGCACGCGAUAUGCUCAACUACAAGACCUACCAGUACACCAUACUCAAUGACAAAGAGUGGAUGGUACACACACAGCAAGGCGAGCCCAUCCAAAAACCCCUACCAUAA